AAAAUCACACCGCCUCCCGCAGUCCGCUCUCCCCUGCGAAUCUGCGCACUUAAAAUCGGAAUCCCUAAGACGGCAAAUUUUACAAUUCAAAGACCAGAGACCACAGCACUUGAACGAAUACAAAGCCACGAAGGGUGCCAUUCUUCCUGUGUAUGUGAUAUAUAUUCUUCUGCUAGCUUCCAAUGGCCGAGGAACCUGAGAAAGCUAAUUCUGAAGACCCUCAACAGACAGUUUGCAGUUUCUUCAGAAAGCCAUCAAAGGCCAAAAACAUCAGAAAACGUACUGCCAUUGAAGAAGGUGAGAAUGAAGAUGGAGAUCCAAAAGACGAGACUUCGGUAGUAUUUAAUAAGAAGAAGCCAGCAGUUGCUGACAACAAGCUGCACUUUUCUACUGGGCCCUCAAAGCGGGAGAUGACCUCGGAAUCUGAUGCAGAUUCGAAAAAACCUCUUUUUCAGUUUGAGUCCUCGAGGGAGAUUCAGGUUCAGACUGAUAAUAAAGCAACUGCUACGCUGGAAACUGAGACUGAGUUCUCAAAAGAUGCCCGGGCAAUUAGGGAGCGAGUUCUCAAGCGAGCAGAAGAGGCAUUGAAAGGGAAAAAUGACAACACUGCGGAUGAGAAAUUGUAUAAGGGGAUACAUGGAUAUACUGACUACAAGGCAGGUUUCCGGAGAGAGCACACAAUUUCCAGUGAGAAAGCUGGUGGAUCACAUGGUCCUCUUAGAGCUUCUGCUCACAUUAGAGUUUCUGCCAGGUUUGACUAUCAGCCAGAUAUCUGUAAGGACUACAAAGAAACUGGAUAUUGUGGCUAUGGAGACUCGUGCAAGUUUAUGCAUGAUCGAGGGGAUUAUAAGUCAGGAUGGCAGCUGGAGAAGGAGUGGGAUGAAGCAGAGAAAGCCAAGAAGAGAAGAAUGGAAAUGGGAAUGCUCGAUGAUGAAGAAAGUGCAGAGCAGAGUGAUGAUGAUGACGAUGAUGCGCUGCCCUUUGCAUGUUUCAUCUGUAGGCAACCUUUUGUUGACCCCGUUAUGACAAAGUGCAAGCACUACUUCUGUGAGCAUUGUGCAUUAAAGCAUCAUGCGAAAAAUAAGAAGUGCUUCGUAUGCAAUCAGCCUACCCUCGGGAUAUUCAAUACUGCUUUUGAGAUACGCAAGAAGAUGGCUGCUGAAGGAAAAUGAGGUCCUUGCCAUUUUUCUUCUAUUAACUGUGGUAAUUUGUAUUAAGUUUAGUAAUUUACUAACUUUGAGUCUUGAUGUUACUAACUUUGGGCCGGGAUAGACAAUGCAACAAAUAUAAACAUAAAUUCUGAAAUUUGUUGCUCAAGAAACCACACCAUAGUAAAGCUUUCUUAUCUAGGCACCUGUGAUCAAAAUGCACAUGUAAAAAGAAAGCAUCAACAUUAUACUUGUCACUAUGCAUUGAUUAUUUUUGCACUGUCUGGAAAACUUCUUGGGAGAAUUCUAUCUUUCUACUAUUUACAUAA